AUGGGUGGGAUAUUAAUGGGACUCAUAGAAUGUUUCCCAUUCUUGGCCCAUGUGGCAAGAGGAAAAUGGAUGGCUUUUUAUGCAGCAAUGAUGGUGAUGGUCGGGGCUGGAACAAUCUACGUCUAUCCUUCGUACAGCCAACAGAUUAAACAUACUCUUAGAUAUGAUGAAGCCGGAAUGAGUAAAAUUAGUUAUUCUAGAUUGCUUGGACAAUGCCUGGGGGUUUUCAAUGGCAUUAUUGUUGAGCUCAUACCAGCAUGGUUGGGGCUCUUCCUCGGCGCAGUCAUGAACUUGGGCGGCUAUUUCCCGACAUGGCUUGCGGUCACCGGACAGAUUCCUCGCCCAAAAGUUUGGCAAAUGUGCUUUUAUAUUGCGGUGGCAACCAAUUCUGUAAACUUUACACAAACAAUAGCCAUUGUCAGUUCUGUCAACAACUUUCCGAUGAAUCGAGGUGUUGUUGUGGGUCUACUCAAGGGUGCCUUGGGGCUUAGCGGAGCUAUCAUAACCCAAUUUUGCUAUGGUAUAUAUGGACAUGAUGCCAAGGGCGGCCUUCUACUUAUCUGUGCAUUGCUCCCAGCCUCAGUAUCACUCCUAUUCAUGUUCACAGUCAGGAAUAUUGUGAAGAAUAUUGGAAGGCAACCCAACGAGCUCAGGGUGUUCCUCAGUUUCUUUUAUUUCACUAUCUUGCUUGCCCUUUUUCUCAUGGUAACGAUGUUGCUUGAGGAAUUCAAGAUUGAUCAUCAGACACAAGCAGCAGCAGCCCAUACAAAAACUGCCAUUGUCAUGGUGGUCAUUACCCUGCUCUUCCUCCCGUUCAUUCUUGUCAUUAAAGAAGAGGCCACCAUCUGGAAACAGGUAAUUGUUGAGAAACUACCACAAGCAUUAUUAAAAAUGCCUGUCGUGGAUUCUUCCUCUACUACUCAGCAUAACAACAGAUCUAUAUCGUCAUGUUUUGCAAAUAUCUUCAAAAACAAACCAGAAAGAGGAGAAGACCACACCAUUCUGCAAGCAAUUCUCAGCGCCGACAUGUUUUACAUCAUCAUGCUGUCGCUAUGUGGAUACGGGUCAGCCAUAACAUUCAAUGAACAAUUACGACCCAUCGGGUUGGCGCUUCAAUAUCACAAACGACUCAUAGAAUCCGUCAUACCUCUCAUGAGUAUAUGGAAUUAUUAUGGGAGGGUCUACUCUGGGUUCGUCUCUGAACUCUUGCUCACGAAAUGGAAACUUUCCCGCUCGAUUAUGAUGUCGGCUCUUCUUCUCAUGCAAUGCUUUGGGUUACUCCUCAUUGCCUUCCCAAUAAGCCCCAACACAUAUUACGUCGCAUCGGUCAUCCUUGGAUUUACCUAUGGUGGACAAAUAACGUUAAUCUUGUGUAUGACUUUAGAGUUAUUUGGGACCAAACACACCGCUACACUUUUCAACAUUUCAAAACUCGUACAUCCACUCUGGAAAUAUCUAUUCAAUACAAAGCUUACCCAAUUCCUUUACGCAAGAGAGGCAGCCAAGAACGUACCUCACGGCCGAAUGGAUGCAUCAACUCUAAAGGAUCUCACUUGCACGGGAACCCACUGUUUUAGGGGAUCAUUCUCCAUUUUGGCUGCCAUUGCAUUCAUUGGAGCUCUUGUCUCUCUUCGAUUCGCAAGGAGAACACGAGAAUUUUACCAAGGUGACAUAUAUAAGCGAUUUAGAUAG